AUGGGUAUCAGUCGUCUUUCUAUGCUAUUGUGUCGACGGCUGCAUGGUCUACCGCCGCAGGUCGUUGUUUCCGCUGCUGUGCGUUCAGCUUUAGCCUCCAGGAAAGGUGUUGUCGCUCUCGAGAGCACUGUAAUCACUCAUGGUUUACCAUAUCCUCACAAUCUCGAGACAGCUAAAUUGCUAGAGGAUACUGUACGAAGUGAAGGCAGUGAGCCAGCAACCAUCGCUCUACUUGAUGGACGGAUUCAUAUUGGUCUUUCAAAUGAGCAAUUGGCCCGAAUAGCCGAGUCCCAGGAAGCGGUGAAGGUGUCUCGUAGAGACAUCGCACAUGCCCUUAAUAAGGGUGUCAUUGGAGGAACAACUGUAGCAGCCACCAUGUACCUUGCUCACAUGGCUGGAAUUCGGGUUUUUGCAACUGGUGGUAUCGGAGGUGUCCAUCGUGGAGUUGAUCAAACCAUGGACAUCUCAGCUGAUCUUAUCGAACUGAUGCGUACACCUGUGACUGUGGUCUGUGCAGGAGUGAAGAGCAUUCUGGAUAUCCCAAAGACAGUCGAAUUUCUUGAAACACAUUCAGUAAACUGCAUUGUUUUCGGCAAGCGCAACGUUUUCCCUGGCUUUUUCACCCAAGAAACGCAAGCCAGAGGACAAUAUUGCACCGAAGAUCUCAACGAGAGAUGUCGGAAAAUUUGCGACUUGGAAGCGGGGACUAUUCUGGCUUGCCCUAUUCCUGACGAGUUACAAGGCGAUGGAAAAAUUAUCGAAAACGCUGUUCAAGUGGCACUGGACGAAGCCAAGAGUAAGAAUAUCGUUUCGAAAGAUGUCACUCCAUUUCUACUGGCGCGAGUAAACCAACUGACCGGUGGGGAAUCAAUGAGAAUAAAUAUCGGCCUAUUGCAGAACAACGCUCGAAUAGGUGGCCGACUAGCGAGACUUCUAUCGGAUUCAGGAUUACCUCGCACUUCAGUAGUCAAGAAACCAACGCAACAAGACUCCACGACGAAGAAACGGCCAAAAAUUGUCGUCGUUGGAGCAACAAUCGUAGAUGUAGAGGCAAUCAGUAACGAAAACGUGAAGGAUGACGGUGGUUCUUACCCAGGUGAAUUCAAGCAGCGCUGUGGUGGAGAUUCUUCGAAUGUGGAGGUCAUAAAAGACUUGCCAACAGCCAAAUAUAUGUCAGUGAAUGUUGGUGGCGAAGUGCGAUUUGGCAUCAGUGCUAUUGGAGACAUUGUGAAGGAGAUUUCUCCAGAAGUGAUCUCAUCCCAUGAAGGUCUUCUAUCAUCUGCAGAUUUCAUUUUGUUCGACGGCAACAUUCCGACUCAAACUAUUGAAAGAGUGGUUGAAUUGUCCACAUUUUACAACAGAAAAGCUUGGUUUGAACCCACGGACAUUGCAAAGUUAUGCAAAAUAUUCGAAUUUGACGGCAUUGAGCGAAUUCAAGUCAUAUCGCCAAACGCCAACGAAUUCCGUCAGAUGGUGCGCAGGAGUGGGCUCGAGAUUCCAGAAAACGUAAUAGGUUCACCAUAUCAUGUUUGCGAAUUCGUGUACUCCAAUCCACAGCUUAUGUACAAUCUGGAAUUGCUCGUCAUAACUCUUGGUUCAAAUGGGACAGCAAUCAUUUUCAGGAAACCUGACGGGAGCCUAUCUGCGUCACACUUCUCUGCCCCACUAGAGCCAGAAAAGGUCGUUUCUGUAUCAGGAGCCGGCGACAGCCUCAACAGUGGUAUCCUUGCUGGACUGGUCCACGGUCUACCUUUGGACAAAUGCUUCCAAGUUGGUCACAUCUGCGCUGCGCUUACUCUUCAGACGGUCGAAGCGAUUUCACGAGAUAUUAAACCGCAUUUGCUGUCCCUGUAA